AUCUUGCAUACUUUUGCUCCAGUUUACCUAAAUGCCAUUUCAGUGCGGAAGUGGUAGAAAAGACAAUCGGAGCACCGGCCCGUCGAUCCGUGACAUCGCGGUCGACCGACGCGUCAUCAACUUUCUUGGUAAGUUCCAUCGACAACAAUGGAGGCACCCUCGACGUCUUCUGGCAGCAUGGACCAGCGGCGGAAGGAUGCAUUGCAGAGCUAUCGUGAGAAAAUGCGACACCACGAAUCGAGUAGCGAGAAUCUGAAAACUCUCCGUUUUUCGCUCAAGGACUUGGAGAAGGAAUACGAGAAGACUGAGGACGACAUCAAAGCCGUACAAUCUGUAGGGCAAAUAAUUGGCGAGGUCAUGAAGCAAUUGGAUGAUGACCGGUUCAUAGUGAAGGCCUCAUCAGGUCCUCGUUACGUCGUUUCGUACCGCCCAGCCUUACCCGCCGCCAAACUCAAAAACGGCACCCGUGUAUCUCUUGACAUGACAACUCUGACUAUAAUGCGUAUCCUACCCCGUGAAGUCGAUCCUCUUGUGUACAAGAUGAGUCUGGAGGACCCUGGUGGAGCCUCGUUUGCCGGCAUCGGUGGCUUGGGGGAACAGGUCCGUGAAUUGCGUGAGAUAAUCGAGCUUCCCCUUCUGAAUCCCGAACUCUUCCAACGUGUCGGAAUCAAACCCCCGAAAGGUGUCCUACUCUAUGGUCCUCCCGGGACUGGCAAGACUCUUCUGGCACGUGCCGUCGCAGCUACCCUACAAACGAACUUCCUCAAAGUCGUCUCAUCUGCUAUAGUAGACAAGUACAUCGGUGAGAGUGCCCGAGUUGUACGAGAAAUGUUUGGGUAUGCACGAGACCACGAGCCUUGCGUUAUUUUCAUGGACGAGAUCGAUGCUAUCGGUGGAAGACGGUUCUCCGAAGGUACAAGUGCAGACAGGGAGAUUCAGAGGACUCUUAUGGAACUGCUAAAUCAAAUGGAUGGCUUCGAUUCCUUAGGACAGACGAAGCUCAUCAUGGCUACGAAUCGACCGGAUACAUUGGAUCCUGCCCUCCUUCGUCCAGGUCGUUUAGAUAGGAAGAUUGAAGUGCCGUUACCCAAUGAGCAGGCAAGACUUGAAAUUCUCAAAAUCCAUGCCGCCCCCGUAAACAAGGGCGGUGAGAUCGACUACGAGGCUAUCGUCAAGGUACGUUCGGGUGCCACACUGAGGUCUGCUAUUAAUACCAACCUUAACCAGCUGACGGAUGGAUUCAAUGGUGCAGAUUUGCGCAAUGUUGUUACGGAGGCGGGGAUGUUUGCCAUAAGGGAUGACAGAGAAUUCGUGAAUCAAGAGGACUUGACGAAAGCAGCAAGGAAAGUAAGCGACGCGAAGAAGCACGAAACCAAAUUGGAGUAUUCUGCGUAGAUUCUUCCUAUCGUCUGUCCCAUGUUCCUCGCAUCCAUCAGUACAUUAUUUUGCGAGUGUGACUACAUGUAACGUCGACCUUUUUACCCACUUGAUGGCUAUACAUUAUGAUUGACGCAAGCCGGGAACAUGGUCGACUCCAUUCCCUCCA